CAGCACAGAAAUGCUCAAUAAUUUGCUACUAGUACAAGUAUUACAUUGGUACACUAGAGAAUCAUUCAGGAUUUUGCCUACCAAGAAUACUCAGGAAUGCCCUUCAACCAGAUAGCUCCUCCAGGACUUUGGGUGCCAACUCAUCUCGCUUUUCAUAGGUGACCAUGGAGGCUGGCGGCCUCCCCCUGGAGCUGUGGCGCAUGAUCCUGGCCUACCUGCCGCUGCCCGACCUGGGCCGCUGCAGCCUGGUAUGCAGGGCCUGGCGAGAGCUGAUCCUCAGUCUCGACAGGACUCGCUGGCGGCAGCUGUAUCUGGGCUGUGCUGAGUGCCGCCACCCCAACUGGCCCAACCAGCCCGAUGUGGAGCCCGAAUCUUGGAGGGAGGCCUUCAAGCAGCAUUACCUUGCCUCCAAGACCUGGACCAAGAACGCCGCCAUCUUGGAGACCUCUGCCUGCUUCUCUCUAUUUCGCCGGAGGAGGGCGCGCCGGACCCUGAGUGUUGGGCCAGGCCACGAGUUUCACAGCCUCGGCAGUGCCCUGGCCAUGUCCAGCCUGUUUGACCGAAUCCUGCUGUUCCCAGGCCUGCACGAAGAGCAAGGUGAAAUCAUCCUGAAGGUGCCCGUGGAGAUCGUAGGCCACGGGAAGCUGGGCGAAGUGGCCCUGCUGGCCAGCAUUGACCAGCAGUGCUCCACCACUCGCCUCUGCAACCUUGUCUUCAUGCCGGCCUGGUUCUCGCCCUUCAUGUUUAAGACAACUUCAGGUCACGUCCAGUUUGACAACUGCAACUUCGAGAAUGGGCACAUCCAGGUCCACGGCCCGGGCACCUGCCAAGUGAAGUUUUGCUCCUUCAAGAACACUCACGUCUUUCUGCACAACGUACCCCUGUGUGUCCUGGAAAACUGUGAAUUCGUAGGCAGUGAGAACAACUCAGUGACUGUCGAGGGCCACCCGUCCUCAGAAAACAACUGGGCCUACACGCACCUCUUAGGGCUCAUCAGGUCUUCUCCCGGCAUGCUCCCCACCGAGGACUCAGACUCUUUAAUGUCCCUCGACCUGGAGAGCAGGGACCAGGCCUGGAGCCCGAGGACCUGUGGCAUUGUCAUUGAGGGCAGCCAGAGCCCCACCAGCCCAGCCACCGGCUCCCCCAGGGCUGGCUCCCAGGAGGCAGAGGUGGGCAGCAAUGGGGAAAGGGUGGCCCGGACCCCAGACAGCAGCGAUGGAGGCCUGAGUCCCAGCGGUGAGGAUGAGGACGAGGACCAGCUCACGUACAGACUGUCCUACCAAGUGCAGGGCCCACGGCCGGUCCUGGGGGGCCCCUUUUUGGGCCCACCGCUGCCCGGAGCCUGCAUCCAGCUGCCCAGCUGCCUGGUACUGAACUCCCUGCGGCAGGAGCUGCAGAAGGACAGGGAGGCCAUGGCCCUGGCCAGCUCCGUGCAGGGCUGCCUCGUCCGCAAGUGCCUGUUCCGGGACGGCAAAGGAGGCGUCUUUGUUUGCUCUUACGGCCGAGCCAGGAUGGAAGGAAACAUCUUCCGGAACCUGACUUACGCGGUGCGAUGUAUACAUCAUAGCAAGAUCGUCAUGCUCAGGAACCACAUUCACCACUGCCGAGCAUCGGGCAUCUUUCUUCGCUUGGAGGGUGGCGGCCUGAUCGCUGGCAACGACAUCUGCCACAACGCAGAGGCUGGCGUGGACAUCCGGAAGAAGUCCAACCCCCUCAUUCUGUGUAACCAGAUCCACCACGGCCUUCGCUCUGGCAUUGUUGUCCUUGGCAAUGGGAAAGGCAUCAUCCGGAACAAUCAAAUCUUUUCAAACAAGGAGGCUGGCAUUUACAUCCUGUACCACGGAAAUCCAGUCGUGAGCCGGAACCACAUCUUCAAGGGCCACGCGGCCGGCAUCGCCGUGAGCGAGAGUGGCAGAGGCCUCAUCACAGAAAACGUCAUCCGGGAGAAUCAGUGGGGAGGCGUGGACGUCCGCCGAGGAGGGGUCCCCAUCCUCAGGAGCAACCUCAUCUGCUUUGGCUACUCGGACGGUGUGGUUGUGGGGGAUGAAGGCAAAGGCCUGCUGGAGGGAAACACCAUCUACGCGAAUAAGGGCUGUGGUGUGUGGAUGAUGGCGUCCAGCCUGCCCCACGUCACCCGCAACCACGUCAGCUACAAUGGGCUGUACGGCGUGGCGGUGUUCAGCCAGAAGGAGGGCUCCGGAGAAUUCCCUGGAGGCCACGGGGCCCAGGAGAACUUCAGCGAGGACGGGGAUGCCGUCCUGUGGGAGACAGAGCUGGAGAAGGACGACCCACUGCGCCGGCCCAUCACCAUAGCUCUGGUCGAGUCCAACAGUGUCAACCACAACGGAGCCUCCGGACUCUACAUCCAGAGCACUGAGGCACUGCACAUUGUAACCAACGUGAUCCACGCCAACAGAGUCAGAGGCAUCACUGUGGCCCAGAGCAGUCAGCUCACCCGUGUGGCCAACAACAGCAUCUCCUGCAACCGCCAGAGUGGGGUCAAGAUCGAGGCCCAGUGCAAGGUGGAGCUCCGGGGCAAUGGUAUCUAUGACAACAGAGGCCAUGGCAUCAUCACCAAGGGUGACAGCACCGUCAUGGAAAAUGACAUCAUUGGCAACCGGGGCAGUGGGCUGCAGCUGCUGCCCACGUCUGACACAAAGGUAAUAAAGAACCGAAUCCAUUCAUCCCGGGCCUCCGGCAUUACAGUGCAGGGCCACGCCAAGGCCCUGGUGCAAGAGAACACCAUCUUCCAGGGCAAGGCCAGCAAGACCAUCUCCCAGCAGAGCUCGAGCAGCCAAGAAUGCGCUAUACAGAACAACAGGGUCUUGGUCUUCAAGAAGUCUGAUACGUGGCGCCUGGUGAACCCACCAGCACGGCCUCACCUUGAAAACUCUCUCCGGGGCCCCUCUGCUGCCCAUGGUGGGCAGAAGGUGACAGCCAUGGCGACCAGGAUCACAGCCCACGUGGAAGGUGGUUACCACAGCAAACGCAGCAUCUUCUGCACCAUCCUGUAAGAAUGGAGAGCUGCGGGAGGAGGCAGCUGGGGGCGUCCGAAGACCCCAGGAAGCAGGCACAUACCCUGCUGUCAGGCUCAGGCCCUGCCGGGCCGAGCUGAGGUCGCAGCCUUCAAGGAUGGAAGAAGUAGUGCUUGUGGAGGCUCCUGCUCACCUUAUCUCCUCCCUGAAAGGCAGGCUCUCGAGUCCUCUGGGGACUGAGAACUAGGUACCUCCCAAGCCCUUUGGCUCCACAGCCCUCAGCAGGAAGGAGCUUGGAUUUUGUGUUGGUUUGGCUGGUUGGUGUUCUUGGCUGUGCCGUGCGUGCUGCUUGCAGGAUCUUAGUUCCCCAACCAUGGAAUUAUUUUUCAAGGAGAAAAAGGGAACAGAAGUUGGUGGGUUUCUAGUCCCUCGAGCUCUUGUAGAGAUGAUGAAGAGUUGGGGAAACUGAUUCUGAAACCUUGGCCAGGGUUUUCUGUUUGAGUUACAGGGAGCUAUACGCACCAAACCCAGAAUCUUCUCAGGGAAGGACGAGUUUACUUUUAAGGGACAGAAGUGGCUCCAGUGAGAGGGAAAGAGCCCGAGUCGUCCCCUCCCAGAGCUCCCUUUGACUCUCCGCGGACACUGCCACAGCCACCCUGCUGCAGGGGGUGCUGGAGCUCUGGUCUCCUCAGGACGCAGUUGGACGUGGACCUCUGAGGGGGGAGGGACUUGAGGUAAGGCGCCUCUCUUGGCAGGCUGCCCCCGGGACACCCGGGGAGGCAGGAGGGGCGUGUGGAGAAGACUCCCCCCGAGUGGCUAGGUGUGCAGGUGAGGGCUGGGCCGCGCAAAGACUCACCUGACUGCGCCCCCUCCAGCUGCCCCAGACUCGGG